AUGGCAUCUUUCGCCACAGCUUUCGUGAACCCCUACAACUAUAUUGGUGGUGUUUCUUUCAACCCCGACAAUGAUAUAUUAGAUUUGACAGGGAAAGUCGCUCUAGUGACAGGUGGAAAUGCUGGCUUGGGAAAGGAGACAAUCAUCCAACUGGCCAAACAUAAUCCGGAGAAGAUUUUCCUCGGUGCUCGUACGGAGUCCAAGGCCACAGAUGCCAUCAAAGAAAUCAAGUCAUCCGUCUCGAACGAUGUCGAAAUCACUUGGAUACCGUUGGAUUUGACUUCCACCGACUCAAUUCGCAAGGCCGCCGAGGCUGUCAACGCUCAAUCCCAACGUCUGGAUAUCCUUAUUCUCAAUGCAGGUGUCAUGGCUUUGCCACCAGGCGAGACAGACUUGGGCCACGAAAUCCAGCUGGGAACAAACCACACCGGGCACUUCCUGCUAACCAAGCUUCUUCUUCCGACUCUCCUGAAGACGGCAGAGGAGCCCCACUCUGACGUCCGAGUCGUUAGCCUUGCUUCGGUUGGACACAACCUUGCCCCAAGCUUCAGUACAAUGCUCGACCAAGAAAAGCUCAAGAAGGUCAACACUAAUGCUCGGUACGGAGCUUCCAAGGCUGCCAACAUCCUUUUCGCUGCCGAGCUCAGCCGACGAUACCCUUCAAUUACCUCUGUUUCAGUACACCCAGGCGUUAUCAUGACGGAUCUCUAUCAGUCCGUGGGUUCACGUACACCUUUAUUUUCAUUGGGCGCAAAGGCUAUGCAGCUUGUGGGGUCGACAGUUUCACAAGGAGCCUACAAUUCACUUUGGGCGGCUGCUGGGGCGAAGAAGCAGGACCUAGUGAAUGGUGCUUACUAUGUCCCAGUUGGAAAUUUGAAGCGCGACAACAAAUUUGCGCGCAGUGUUGAUAUGGGAAGACAGCUUUGGGAAUGGACAGAGGCGGAGUUGAGAAAAGCCAACCUAUAA